CCCGUGUGGUCAGGGCAGCCAUGUGACUUAUGACAUCAUAGCUCCUUCUGCUGGAAGGGAAAUAGCUGCUACACUAUCCGUAUUCUACAUGGCUGAUUCACGGCGUCUAGAAGAAAACCCGGGCACUGGGCUAUUACGUGUGAAGGAAGAGGAUGAGACAGAUGACAUGAAUAGUCAUCAGACUGAAAUACAUUGCUCCCUCCCUGCUGAUGAAGAUAAAGCUGAUAUAGUGAAAGUUGAGAUAACAGAAGAUCUGUGUGUGAGGCAUCAGCUGGAAGCACCAGAUGAGGAAACCAGUGACAGCAUCAGCCCAGACAAAGAAAAUGCUGAUACAUUGAAAGCUGAAAUUACAGAAGAUCUGUAUUUUUGUGAUCAAGUGAAGGCUGAGGAGGAUAAAGUUCCUAUAAAUACGGCUACAGGUGAAUUUACAAACUGCAAUAAUCCAAGUCAUGGUCAGAGUGCUGAUACUUCUUUGAAUCUUCUUCAAAAUCAAAGAAGUCACGUGGGAAAUUUAUGUUCUGAAUGUGGGAAAUGUUUUACCAGGAAAUCCCUUCUUAUUAGGCAUCAGAAAAUUCAUACAGGAGAGAAAGCAUUUUCAUGUUCUGAGUGUGGGAAAUGUUUUAAUGAGAAAUCAAAUCUUAUUAAGCAUCUGAAAAUUCAUACUGGAGAGAAAGCAUUUUCAUGUUCUGAGUGUGGGAAAUGUUUUACUCUGAAAUCAAAUCUUAUUAAGCAUCAGAAAAUACAUACAGGAGAGAAAGCAUUUUCAUGUUCUGACUGUGGGAAAUGUUUUACUCAGCAAUCAAGUCUUAUUACUCAUCUAAAAAUUCAUACAGGAGAGAAAGCAUUUUCAUGUUCUGACUGUGGGAAAUGUUUUACUUUGAAAUCACAUCUUGUUACUCAUCAGAAAUUUCAUACAGGGGAGAAAGCAUUUUCAUGUUCUGACUGUGGGAAAUGUUUUACUCUGAAAUCAACUCUUAUAAUGCAUCAGAAAACUCAUACAGGAGAGAAAGCAUUUUCAUGUUCUGAAUGUGGGAAAUGUUUUACCAGGAAAUCACAUCUUUCUGACCAUCAGAAAAUUCAUACAGGAGAGAAAGCAUUUUCAUGUUCUGACUGUGGGAAAUGUUUUACGCUGAAAUCAAGUCUUAAUACUCAUCUGAAAUUUCAUACAGGUGGGAAAGCAUUUUCAUGUUCUAAAUGUGGGAAAUGUUUUACUUUGAAAUCACAUCUUAUUACACAUCAGAAAAUUCAUUCAGGAGAGAAAGCAUUUUCAUGUUCUGAAUGUGGGAAAUGUUUUACUCUGAAAUCACAUCUUAUUAGGCAUCAGAAAAUUCAUACAGGAGAGAAGCCAUUUUCAUGUUCUGAAUGUGGGAAAUCUUUUACCCUGAAAGGACAUCUUGUUACUCAUCAGAAAAUUCACAUUAAAGGAAAUCAGUGAAAUCACAGCUUAACCUCUUAAAGGGUUCAGUUCAUGUGUGUCAUAUAGAUACCAUUGUACUCACUCCUGUGGAGUUAUUUAGGAGUCAGAACUGAUUGGCUAAAAUGCAUAUCUGUCAAUAGAACUGAAAUAAGGGGACAGUCUGCAGAGGCUUAGAUACAAGGUAAUCAUGGAGGUAUAAAGUACUGUAUAUUAAUAUAUCCAUGUUGGUUAUGCAAAACUGGGGAAUGGGUAAUAAAGGGAUUAUCUAUUUUUGAAAGAUUAAAAUUCUGGAGUAGGCUGUCCCUUUAAGCGCAGAGUGUGCACAUGAAAUCACUAGUUGUAGCACCUGUAUUGUGUAAUUAUGACAUCACUAGUUGUAAUGAUACUAGCUGUAAAUAGUAUAUUGUAUGCACAUACCAACACAAGUUGUAAUGAUACUAGAUAGUAUAGUAUGAUUAAAUGACAUCACUGGCUGUAAAUUGUAAUGAUACUAACUGUAGAUUGUAUAAUGUGUGCACAUGACAUCACUAGCUGUAGCUAUAUUAGCUGUAGAUGCUAUAGUGUGUGCAAAUGACAUCACUACCCAGAUAGCAUGUAUUUUUGCUGCAAGUUUGCAAAUUAAGUGCUAAUCUUGCUAGACUUGGCAAGCUUCAAAAAUUUCCUUCACAUUUUUUGCUAGUCUGUAUCGAGUCUCCAGAAUAGACUUGCCUUGCAAAUUUUCUGCGUCUGCUGCAAUUGCAUGUAACGUAAUUUUUCUAAGAAAAAUUUGAAAGGAAUUGCUGUUCUCUUGCUAAACUUGCCAAGCUUCAAAAGCUUGCUGCACAUUUGUUACAAGUCUGCAUAGAAGGUCUUCAGAAUAGAUUUGCUUUACAAAUGUGCUGCAAGUCUACUACAAUUGCGUAUUUUAGGCCAGAUUACCAGGGGGGUGCUAUUUUUUGUGCAUGAAUUAAUGUACAAGUUUGCCCCCUUUUGGGCAUAUGGAUAAGACCCUUCAUUACAAUUUGAAAGUAAAUAUGAACACGAUAGUGCAACCAUAAUUUACGCUCGUCAGGUUAGCGUGACUUUAGAGCUUUGGUUAACUGUUACGCUCGACUAAAUAGUUGAACAAUACACAUAAAAAUAUAUGUAACCGUACAGUUUACAUUUAUAUUAACACUGUCUGAUAAAAAAAUAUUGUAUAACAAUAUUGCAUUCCAAAGUUAUAAGAGCACAAAAAUAUGAGAUGUCUGAAUGCAAUCCAGCGCUUGUGGCGGCUGUUAUUUUUUUGUACAGAAUAAGGCUCCAUCAAAGUCUAGGGGGGGGGGCUAUGAUCCUGCGUUGCAACGUCACAAAAAAAAAUCUGCUAGAGGAUGCGACCGCGAGAGCUCCAAAUUGUUAAAAACAUUGAGCAUAGAGAAUGGACACGCGGAAGUGCAAAUUUGCGCUCCACUCAUAAUCUUGCCCUUUAUGUUUGGAGCAUUAUAAAGUGCAAAGUAAAGCAAAGAAGGGCUCAUACAGUUGCACAGCUGAAGACAUGCAUAAUGGAUGAAUGGGGUAAAAUUCAGCUUGCUAAACUUAACCAACUGGUAUCUUGAGUGCCCAAAUGCUUAAUAAGUGUUAUUAAAAAAAAAGAUGAUGUUACACAGUGGUAAACAUUCGACUGUUCCAACUUUUGUGGAGUGUGUUUAUCGUCCAUUAAGACAACUUUCUUUAACAAUAUUACAUUCACUGUAAUAAAACACAUAAUUAUAAAA